CAUGUUUUAUUUGUGAUUCGUGCAGUGUGAACUUCCGGUGUGAUCUUCAUGGAGGAUUAAAUGGCGGCUGAUGAAAAGUGGUAUUUUACCAAAGAACAGUUAGCAAAUACACCGAGCACAAAAUGUGGUUACAAUGUGGACGGGGAAUUAUCAAGUCGCCAACAAGCUGCUCAUCUCAUCCAGGACAUGGGGCAGCGCCUACAAGUGACCCAGCUCUGCAUCAACACAGCCAUGGUCUACAUGCACCGAUUUUAUGUUUUUCACUCGUUCUCACAAUUCAACCUGGAUUCUAUGGCGGCUGCAGCUCUGUUCCUUGCUGCCAAGGUCGAGGAACAGCCUCGGAAAUUAGAACAUAUUAUUAGAGUAAAACAAAUUUGUCAGCAUAGGACGCAGGAAGCUUUAGACACAAGAUCAGAGCAAUAUCUAGAACAGGCCCAGGAUUUAGUUUUUAAUGAAAAUGUCCUACUUCAGACAUUGGGAUUUGAUGUAGCUAUAGAUCAUCCUCACACCCAUGUUGUCCGAUGUUGCCACUUAGUGCGUGCCAGUAAAGACCUCGCCCAAACGUCGUACUUUAUGGCCUCAAACAGUUUGCAUUUAACCACCAUGUGCCUUCAAUACAAACCCACAGUAGUGGCGUGCUUUUGUAUCCACUUAGCAUGCAAGUGGUCUAAUUGGGAGAUUCCUCAAUCAAAUGAAGGAAAAUAUUGGUUUUACUAUGUUGAUAAAACUGUUACUCAAGACUUAUUAGAACAAUUAACUGAUGAAUUCCUUGUUAUAUUUGAAAAAUGCCCCUCAAGGCUCAAGAAGAAAAUUAAAUCAGCAAAUCAGAAUACAACAUACCAAUUUGACAAAAUGAUUCCAGGUAGAGAUUCAGUGAUUGAAGGUGUUAGCUUUCAGUCUCAGCACAGACCAGAUCCGAAUAAACCCUCUUCCUCUCAAGCUUCUCAGAGUUCCGCUCAGCGUGCUGAUUCUCGAGAGUAUCAAGAGAAGCGCGAGCGUCCAGUGGCUCCACAGGGCUCCCACUCUCAACACAGGGAUGGUCACCACCGGAGUCAUCAUGCCGGUCAUCCUCACCCUUCAUCUUCCUCUGCUUUGCUCAAGCCUCAUGCUGGUAUGCCUGUGCACAACAAAAUGCCACACCCCACCCAGCAUCGCUCGUCAAUGCCCCACCACCCUCGACCAGAUCACCAUGGGAGGCCAGAGCAUCCACAAAGGCCUGACCACCAGCAGAGGCCUGACCAUCCACCAAGGCCAGACCACCAACAGAGGCCUGACCAUCCACCAAGGCCAGAUCACCCACAGAGGCUGGAUCAUCAAACAAGGUCAGACUACCAACAGAGACCUGAUCGCCAGGCAAGGCCAGAUCAUGGUGUGAGGCCAGAUCACCAUUCCCGAAGCGAUCAUCAAGUGAGGCCUGAUCAAGUGAGGCCAGAUCACCAUCAAGUUCGUCCCGAUCACCCAAACAGACCAGAUCAUCAGCAACGCGCUGAGCAUCAUGCAAGGCCAGACCACCAAACUCGGCCUGACCAUCAAGUCAGAUCAGAUCAUCAGAUGAGGCCGGACCAUUCAGGAAAUCAGGUCACUGCUGCUAGAGAUCAGCUCAGAAGAGAAGCGGCUCAACAGAGAGAAGCUUCUCGCAGGGAAGUUUCCUCAAUCCACCAUAUUCAGUCAUCUCUCAUGACUCAUUCACCUGCCCAAAGGACAACUAGUGGUGAUAGUGCAAUCAGUUCGAGUAGUUCAACUUCAUUAACCCCUUCAAGUCAAGAUUGGUCUGGAUUUGGUGUGACUACAGCUGCUGCAGGUGGUCCGUCACCUUUACCCCAGAAGCAACCUGGUCCCUCUGAUCCAAGCCAUAGACAUUCUUCUGGAAGUCAUGAUAAGCUCAAAGCUUCUAAUACAAAUAUGGACUCUUAUUCAAGACAUAAAGGUAGCUUAUCAGCUACUGAUCGUAGGGCAACUAAUACUCCUAUGUCAUUAGACAGAAAAAUGAUGCAGGAAAUAUCUGAGAGACGUCAACUUGAGUCAUUCUUUGGAAAAUCUGAGGCAGUGGAGAGGAUCAAUGAAAAGCAUCAAGUUAAACAUAUGCCCUUUAAAGAUGUAAAGAAGGAAUCUGACACCGUCCAAUUACAACCUCAACCUUCCAUGGUACCUUCCUUACACAUCAAGAAAGAAAAAGUAUCUCCCUCUAGGCAAUUAAUUAAUGCUGUUCCUUCUGGAAGAAUGGAAUCAGAUAUGACUGCACCCUCAAUGUCAAUGAGACAAAAUAGUUACAAGCCCUCAUCAAGUGAGUACCUUCUUGUGAAGAAUAUCAAAACUGAACCUAAUGCAGAAUCUCUUUCUGGUACAAGAAAUGGGACCACUGUUCCUGCCCUCUUGACACCUAAAGUUGAGAAGGUAGAAACAGAUAUAAGGACUGAAGGAUCUUCAAUGACAAGUAGACUUCCCCCUGUGAAAAGUAGUAUCUUUAGUCCAGAGAAAACUUUACCUAAAGAAAGAGAAUCGCCUAUCCUCCAGCGACCUGUUAAAACCAAUUGUCCAUCGCCUGGUAUAGCUUUUGGCUCCCCUCCAGUUACACCUGGCAAAUCUCAAAGCCUUAGUCUCCUCACUAGAAUUGGUCCUGCAAUUGAAAAUGAACCAAUGAUGGACGUUUUUAAAAUGGAGAAGGAUGCUGGGUAUGAUAGCCAGGUCAGAGAUAGCCGAGUAGAAAUGAAGAAUGUACAUCAAAAUGACAAUUCCUCUUUUGUGUCAUCUAAUAGAGGCAUGCAUGCAAUGUCCAUGCCUCCUUCAUUAGCUAAAGUGGAACCCAAGCCGGCGCACCAUUUGCUCAAUAAAACCUCAACUUAUCCUAAUAAUGAGAUUAAGGCCGUGCUUCAUCCACCUCUUAUGCCCAAUUUACUUCAAGCUAGGAGUAAUGCCGUUGUGCCUGAUGAGAGGCAGUCGUCUCCUGCUGCUGUUAUGCCAGAUGUGCGCUCCAUGGUGCCUGUAAAGAUGCCAGAUGUAAGGUCAGCAAUGCCCCUUGUUCCAGUUGAAGCGGACUUGGGUGCUGUGGCUUUCCCUGCAUCAGAGGUCAAGGACGUGGCAUCUAGCACCCCAUCAGCUGAAGGAGCGGACCACCACCAUCACAAAGCCAAGAAGAAAAAAGAAAAGAAAGAAAAGCAUAGACACAAAGAUAAAGAUAAGGAGAAGCAUAAAGAAGAGAAAAAACAUAAAAACAAACAUAAAGAAAAGGACAAAGAAAGGCGGAAAGGUGAACCUGACAACAUGGAUCCAGCCCAGACUCCGAAUCUGUCUCGUCAACCAGCAAUCACUUUGAAAAUUCCGAAGGCAAAUAUCACACCGCCUCCAGUUCCAGCAGUUGCUGCCCCCUCCUCUGGUGGUAGCUUGAAGCUCAAGAUUAAUCUUGCCCAAUUAUCAUCGGCAUCAAGUAGCUCCUCGUCUUCCAAGGAAUCCCGUAAGAGAGAGCGGGAUAGGACCAGUCCUGGCUUGGAUGUGUUACAUUCGAAAGCUCCAAAGUUGAGUUCAGAUGCCGACACCCCAAAGCGUGGUGCCAGCAUUGGCAACGCCCCCCAUAGUGGCUCAAGCAAGAGUAAUUAUGCCAGGCAAAACGGUUUGGAUUCUCGGGGAGGGGGCCGACAUCAUAUGCCGCAGCCACAACACUACAGUGGAAACAAGAUGGUGUUGGAUGGUUCCUCUAUGAAGCCCUCAGAGAUUAGCAAGAAUAGCUCUUCUCACUCUUCUACCUCAUAGGAAAAUUUGUAAAGUAAGUCAACAUUAAGUAUUUUUCACAGGUAAAAACUGUGAAAAUGUCGAAGGCUCCAGUUCUCGACUUAUUUAGAUGUUACAAUUGACACGUUAUUCAAUUCAGGUACAGUGGAACUCGUUUAUAGUAAGUGAGAAAUUGUGAUUAUUUUACUCAUGUGUUGCGCUAUGACAUCUCUGUUCGGCCCAUAGAGAGAUGUGACCAGUCUUAUACUGGCAUCAGUCAAUGGUUCCGCCCAUGGAGACACUAUGGUGCAGCAAUCAGAUAGAGGUGUGAUCACAAUUUAACACCUUAUAAGCAGGUCCCACAGUAGUAACUCUUGUACAUUGUGAUAAAACUACUUGUUUGAUGGUUAUUACUUCUCUGUGCAUCAUUAAAUAAUUCAUUGUUAUUGUAAAUGUUUGGCAUUUAGCGACAGAUACUUUAAUUUUUUAUUAAAUGAAGCUUUGCUAAUAGUUACAGAAUGUUGAGUAACAUUUUCAGUACCUAAUUGUUUGAUAUACCAAAUAUUCUAAGAGGAAAAAAUAUUGUUAUUAUUAUAAUGUGGCGAGUACUUGAAAGGGUGACAGAACUUUAAUAGUCUUAUUACCUACUCCUGGAGGAGUUUAUUGAUAGCGAAUCAUGUAAAGCAGUGUUUUAUUUAUGAAAUGAAGGUGUGUGUGUGUGUGUGAAGAGAAGCCUUGUUCGAAUUUUCGUGCAGCACCUCUAAAGUAAACUCUUCUAGCUAACAAAUUUUACUGUUUGUAAUUCUUUAUUAGGUUCAUUCAUUGAAAGGGCACAUUUUAGUGCACUGUCGGCUGAGACUGAUGAUUUUGUGAAGAUGUAGCAUCUCUGAAAUUUUUUAUUUUCUAACAUUGUUCAUACUUGGCAUUUGAAGGCUCUGACAUUUUAUAGUUAUAAUAAGGUGCUGUAGUGAUCCUUACAUUUGUCUAACAUCCUCAUUGAUAGCCUGACUUUUUCCUCCUUUAGUUUUUUGUUAUUGUUUCAUUGUCCUGUAUCACCUUAAGUCCUCCUGUUUUCUGAAUUGUUAAAUAUUGCUUUAAACAGUGGAAAUUGCAGGGGCUGUAUACAGUUGUGCAUUGUUAAUGCACUAAGGCCAUGAAAAUGUUGCUACUUUUUCAUUUUUUAUUUAUUUUUAUUUGAUAAGAUUGGGAGCAAGUGGCUCUGUGUGGUCACUGUAAGCUGUCAAUAAACAAAUUUGUUACUUUCUUU